AUUGAUGGUGAGAAUUAAUUUCAAGUAAAUAUGGUGGACUUAAUGGUAGCAUGUUGAGUGAUGAUGCUGCCUUGGACUGUUGUCAGAGGCUUACUGGCAUGGCCGGCCGGGCGGGCCUCUCCAGGACCUGGAAUGUCUUCAGGACCAUUAUCCCUGCACAUAACGUGACCAGACAUUGCCGGCUUGUUCACCGUGCUGAGAGAAAAGCUUCACGUAGAUGCCUGGUGACGACGCCCGCCCUUCAGCAUGGAGAUUAUGAAUGGCAAGAUCCAAAAUCUGAGGAUGAGGUAGUUAACAUAACGUUUAUAGAUCGAAAUGGCAAAAAAAUUCCUGUAAGAGGAAAGAUUGGUGAUAAUGUUUUAUAUCUCGCACACCGCUAUGAAGUAGAUUUAGAAGGUGCUUGUGAAGCAUCUUUAGCAUGUAGUACAUGUCAUGUGUAUGUAGAUGAUCAACACUAUGAAAAGUUGCCCGACCCACUGGAAGAAGAGGAGGAUAUGCUCGACAUGGCUGUCUUUUUGAAGGACAAUUCUAGACUUGGAUGCCAAAUUAUUCUAACCAAAGAGCUUGAUGGUAUGACACUUGAAUUGCCUAAAGCUACACGCAACUUUUAUGUGGAUGGACAUGUUCCCAAACCACAUUAAGGUAAUUGAAGCCAUGAUGUUAAAAAAUAGGAAUAAAUUUAACUCGAUACAGUAUGCAGUUAAAUUAAUAGACAAAAAGAAAAUAUAUUUGACAAUGUAAUAGUAUGAACCUUGUGCAGAUUUUGUUCUUUAUUUUUAAGUAACAACACAAUGAAAAGGUUUUCAUAAUUACAGUGUAACUUCCAAUAUCUGGAGCUUCAUAUGGCAGAUCCCUCUAAAUAACAGAUAACACCCGACUACAGUACUAAAUUUCUGCUCUGAAUUAAUUAUAUUUCUGAUAAAAAUUUGAAUUCCAAUGGGAACUGCUGUGAAGGCAGAAUUACAACACACACAUUUGCAGCAAAUCUUCUGUUAUUCUAUUGUUCUUUUAAUAGUACCAGUUCAGUAGUUAAUAUGCAAAGCAAUUUUUUUAAUUAAAAAAAGGCCAAAACCUGGUUCCCCCUUUAUAGAGGCACAGGGAGCUGAGGAUACUAGAUCACUCAGACCCAGAAAGACCACCACAAAGAUAGAGCAAAACAAAACAAAUAACACCAAGGUAAACAAAAUACUAAAAUGAAAAAGAUCCAAAUGAUAGUUAUGCAGUUCACCAUCUAGUAGCAGCUUUCCACCACUUGCUGGCAGCACCCCCCAGGUGCUGCCACCAGCACCCCCUUGGCUCAGCUCAGCCCAGCUAAGACAUUUGUCUUUAAGUCUAGUGCGACUAUAUAACAUUGCUCCUACUCGUCAUGUCCACCACACCCUUUGAGUCCUGGUUUUUCAGAUGAUUGACGGCCAUCCUAUGGACUCUGUCCUCUUUGGGCUCAUUUGUUUAUGUCCGCAUUCCAUCUUUAAGUAUUUGUUUAUGUACCUCAUUUCUUGUGUGGACUCUGAGAAGCAGUUUGCCUCAAGUUGCAUGCAUGUAGUCAACUUGUUUAGGUGCUUGCAAGUAUUGCACCAGCCCUUACAGGAUUGUCUUCUCUAGUGGGUUGAGGUGGCUGGCCCUAAAAGGCCAUAUUCCUGUGGAGGGAACCUCAUCAAGAAUAGUGCACUGGUGUUUGACUCCUCUGUGAGGCUCUGAAGUUUGGUGUUUUCUUUCUUGAAGGGUAGUACAGGUUUUUGUAUGCUUGUUUUAUGGCAUGCCACUUAUGCCCUUCUCAGUGCUAGUAGUUUUAUUCGUGGUGAGGAGCCUCUAUGCCUAUGCCUGUUAGCAUUUGAAUGAUGUUUGUCAGUCUUAUUGGAAGAUCUUAUUGCAUUCCAAUGGCCAUCCUUUUUGCCUCCACCAUGCCACUUGCUGGGUGGGUAAGAUAUCUUCCAUCCUCAGGCUUGUGAUGUGUCAUCAUUCAAUGUCUAGUUUGGCUGAGUCUAGUGACUUGGCUUGUCAAGCAGCUGGUAUUUUAUGAACAAGCUUUACCUGUAUACAUUGUUCAUGGCUUGGUGUUGGUGUGGCUUUCCCUGGAGUCAGCCCCUUAGUUAUUUUUAUGAUCCAGAGUUAGAGCAGUUGUGCUUUCUACCUGUUCUAAGUUUGCCUCUUUGUCACUUUCUCUGGGUCCCCUCUCUCCAAGUUCUGAAGCAUCUGAAGGUUUUGGAGACUGAGGUUGAUGUUUCUCUUUGUGAGGUGAGCCUUCUCUAGUGGUUGCCCCUUCCAUGUUAGUGGCAGAGGCAGUUGAGCCAGCACUUCCUUCCAAGGAUCACAUACCUUCUAUUUAUCAGGGGUGUUAUCAAGGUGGAUUCUUCCCUUUGGAGAGAGCCUUUUCCCUCCUCAGUGUUUGGCAUGGAACAUGGCGCUGCCUCAGAUUCUUCAUUUCCUGGGGCUUCAAGGGCAGAAAGGGUGGGGACCAAGGAGGGUCCUUAAGUGUCCUUCAACCCUGAUUGAUCUUUAGUUCCUAAUGAGGAAGGUUAUUCCCUCAAUGUGGAGGAUGUGUUGCACCCUCCUAUGUUUGAGACCGAUUCAUUGGUUGCUCUGCCUUACGUUUGCUUCCAGGUUCUGUUUGGAUCUUCGGAGGCAUCCUGUGUGCGAAGGUCUCUGAACAUCCAUCUUUUGCCCACUGCAUUGUGUGCAGAUUUGUUUCAGUUCUUAAGAUCAGGACUUCGUGGCUUUGAUGGACUCAUCUUUUGUGUUUGAAGAUCAGCAGAGUAUUAGUUGCCAAUCAUAAUGGAGAAGGGAAUCCUUGGGAAAAACUAUUGGGGGGGGGGCAAUGAGUGAGAAGAACUGAGAAUUAUGGGUAUAGCUGUCACAAAGAAGUCUAGAGAACUGAGAACAACAAAAGUUUCAAACCUGGAAGCACAGAAAAAACAUAAAUCAGAAGACAUUGUGUGGAAAUCUCAAUGGGACUAAUCCAGGAGAAAGGCUUCUAUACUGCCUCACAGUUCGGAGCCUUCUCAUAUAACCACAGGGAGGGAAUACUUUCUGCAAGCCAUUCCACCAAGAUAGGUUGAAGCUGAAGAGACCAUCUUUGAAAACAAUCAAAGCUGACAAAAAACACGACAUGCAAUGUGAUGGGCAAAUACUCACAAAGAACACUAUAAAGCAUUUAAUCUAACAAUAGAUCAUAAGCUGAGAAACCAGUCACUUAUCAAAUAGAGGCCUUAGGAGACAAUAGGUGAGACAGUGGGGUGAUACCAUGCAAGAGUGAAGAACUCGUGGGAGACGGGGAACUACCAGAAUUUCUGGUUGAUUAGUGCUGCCAUCAUGUGUUGGGAAAAGGAAAGGGGGGUUAGAUCAUUGUUUGGUGUUUUGGAAUAGUUUUAAGUUUUAAACAAGUGUAGUGUAGCAUAGUUUUAAGUUUUGUUUGGUAUUCUAUCACACCAAAUAUUUCUCUAAGAUUGUUGAGAGUUUUGUGACACUCUUGAAGCUUUUUGGUAGAGUUUUCCCUCAGUGUGUGUGGUAUUAUAACACCUUCAUCUCCCAUGCUUCUUCUGAGCGGGUAGGAUUCUGGUCACUGCUCCUAGUAGCGUGUGAAUUAGUCUUUGAUGCCUGGCAAGAUGGUAUUGGCUCUCAGAACUACCUAAAAGUGUCAUUUGACAAUACAGUAACUCCAACAGUCUGUAUUAUUUAUUUUUAAACUGUGACUCCAUUAAAGAUAAAUAAAGCAUUUAUUUAAUUAAACAGUAAUGCUUGCUUUCUCAAGUAGCAAGACUUAGGUUGCACUUGCCUGUUCAGUGAUAAUGUAUACAAGGCAAAGGUGUGGGAACACCCUGUAGUCACUACUGAAUUGUAUAUAUAAUACAGUGGCUUUCUGGUUAGUACCUAUAUUUCAUUUUGUAUUUGUGUAAUUGUAAAUUUAGGACUGUAUAUAUUGUAUACAGAAUCUCAGUUUUGAGAAGUAAUGUGCCUACCUAAGAAUAAUUUAUAGGACUCAGGUGCCUACCUACAAUAUUUAAUAAUAGACUUUUUGUAAUGCAGUAAUAGUACUUAAUGAUGCUUUACUGUGAGUUUAAAUAUGAUAUGCAUGUGGACGAGUUAAUGUAUGUAUUUCCAUAUACAGUACAUGUAUAUUUAAGUUCACUGUACAGAACGUUUGUGUGUAAAUGCAGGAGUGAGUCACCCUCAUCCUCAGUAAAUGCCUGCAACUUGUCUUUUCUUUGGCUAUUAAUGUACAGUAUCUUGAGUGUAUAUUUAUACAUGCAUACAUUCAAUGUAAUAUGUGAAAAAAUAAAUUUGAGUAUGAAA